AUUGAAUCUACUCUAGAUACAAAUAAAAUUUCCUGUAUAUACGAUCGAAAUAUAAACCGGCUCUGAUUGUUUUAUCAGUAUCCUAAAGUUAACUAAAAGAAGAUUUAUAUGACAACAAUGACACUAAUGACAGUGCAAAUGUGUAUAAGGGGUUCGAAGGUUAGGUAUAGUACUUUUAAAUGAUAUUAUUUUAUUCGUUAGUCGUAACGGUAUAAAUUUUCGUGACAACGUUGUUCCAACCUUCCAUAGAAAGUAUUUUGUUUUACCAUUCCAAUCCUUAUUAUCAAAAAUGAACCCCGAAGAUUACGAAACGCUUCCUACCGACAAUGUAACAGCCCAUAUGAUUGCUGGAGCAAUUGCGGGUGUCAUGGAACAUUGUGUUAUGUACCCCCUCGAUUCGGUUAAGACGAGAAUGCAGUCUUUGGCUGCAACAGGAACUGAAGGUAUCGGAGAAACAUUAUUAAGAAUGGUCAGACAUGAGGGUCUUCUUAGACCUGUUCGAGGUAUGUCUGCGAUGGUUGUAGGAGCAGGUCCUUCACAUGCCCUAUAUUUUAGCAGUUAUGAAUUUUUGAAGAAUUAUUUUUCAAAACACUUUAAUUCAUUUCGAUAUGAUACGUUGAUUUAUGGAUCAUCUGGAUGCAUAGCAACAUUAAUACAUGAUGGUUUUAUGAAUCCCGCUGAAGUUGUGAAACAAAGAAUGCAAAUGACAAAUUCACCUUAUACAUCUGCGCUAAGGUGUGCUGUAAAUACAUACAAAACAGAAGGUAUUAGAGCAUUUUAUAGAUCUUACACAACACAGUUAACAAUGAAUAUCCCUUUCCAAAGUAUUCAUUUUGUGGUAUAUGAAAUGUCACAAAAAGUUAUUAACAAAUCCAAAGUUUAUAAUCCAACAGCACAUAUGGUAAGUGGAGCAUUAGCUGGAGGAGUAGCUGCAGCUAUAACCACACCUUUGGAUGUGUGUAAAACUGUAUUAAACACACAACAAACCCCGGUCGGUAGUGGGAUGGUUGAAGCUAUUAAAACUGUGUAUCGAUUAAAAGGAUUAUCUGGAUUUUUCAGAGGUGUCCACGCAAGAGUAAUGUACCAGAUGCCAGCCACCGCUAUAUGUUGGUCAACAUAUGAAUUUUUCAAGUAUUCACUGAAAAAUUCUUCCGAUGUAAGAUUAGUGCCAGGAAGUACAAAUACUAAGGUAUCAUCAAAACCAAUAGACAUGGAAAUCAAACUAAAUAGUGACAAUGUUCGGAUAGACUCAAAUAAUGAAAAGUAUAAUUUAAAAGCUAAAGAACUACCCGCCAUGUCUGGAGCUGGAUUAUACAGUUCAAUUUCUUUUAAUACUAUGCAUGAAGCUGAUUACAGGCAGAAAGAUUCAUUUUUAGAUAUUGCUCAUACGUAGUAUAGAAAGUUGCUCCGACAUUUAUAUUGAUACAAUGUAUUAUUAUUAUUUUAUUUUACCAGUCAGAGUCGUUUUCUAAUUUCACAGAUAUUUAACAAUAAGCAAAUUUUUUUCAGAUUUGAGUUGAAGUAAAACUAUUAAUAGAAACGAAAUCAGUGUCAUAUACACAAGCAGGCAAUUUAUUAGUGAUGGUGACUGAUGGUUGUUUAAGUCUAAACCCUUGCUGAAAUGGCCGAAAUUACAAAGGUGCAACAUUAGGGGUUUAAGUGCAAUAAAAACCUUGAAAAUAAGUAUUUAUGUCAAUAAAUUAUAGAAUACAUUUAAAUGAUGUUUAUUUCAUUAACUAACUUGUUAGAUUGAGAAAAGAAUUAUUCUGUUUCAAACGGGUUUUAAGAAAUUUAUUGGUAAUAAAGAAUUUUGUUAACCUUGUAUGUUUCAAAGUACAACUCUAAAUCUAAAACUUCGAUAGUUUUUUAGAAACUAUGUAAAAUUUGAAUUUCCGUGUGGUUAUUAUUAGGGAUUUUUUGGAAGAGUAUAAAGAAUUUGACAUGGUUCUUUAUAGACUCCAUGACUCAGAUCAUCUACAAAUGUAAAACAACGAGCAGCUUGUUAAAAUUAAAAUAAAUUUAAAUCUAUCGAAGGAAAUGAAUGCAGCUUAUGCAUAAUUGUAAUACAGCAACAGUCGAGUAAUUAGAGCAACUAUAGUGAAUGUUCAAACUGACUGCAUCUAGGUUAGGUUAGUAAAGGCAAUCUUGAUCUAGAUUGAUCGUGGUUCACUCUGAGGCCUUCCAAACAUUAAUGGACCUCUUAAAAUUUCAGUAUGUGUGAACUUGAUUCUUGACAACUCUUAUUAAAACCCUAUUGAUAAAUCAGACAAUUCUAAUAAUCACAAAAAUUUUCCUUUUUCCUAGUAUCUACAAAAUAGUUAGAUACAUAGUUGUAACCAUCAACUCCUUUAAAUAGUGUCACAGAUUUAUGAAGCUUAAGAUAAAUUAUAGUGUUUCGAGUUUUUUUCCAAAAAAUUAAUUGUACUUUCGAAAAUUUUCAAUAUAACUAAAAACUGGAAUCUUUAAUAUGAUGAUAGGAACAAAGUUAUAUAAAAAUUUGUUGUCAAUUAUAAAAAUACAAUUAAGAAAUUUCAAUUUUCUCUACAACCUAACCUAACCAAAGACUACUGAAAAAAUUUUAAUUCAAAUAUCUCGUUUACGAAUUCUAGAAAAAUAUUACCAGUAGUUUCUGAUUAUGUCGAUCAUUGUGAUAUACUUCGUGUGUGGUAAAAUCUAUUUGUGUACAGGAUUAUCAAAAAAGUAUUGUCAAUAUAGAAAAAAAAAGGUUUUGAAACAUUUUACAUACAAAUUUUUAUUAUACAACAAGGAAUUGUCGAAACCUUGUUUCUUAUUCGUUUAAAUUGUAUAUAAGAGUCAUUUAAUCAAAAUAUAAUAUUAAAGCAGUAUAUAGUAAGCGAACACUUCUGAAAGACAUUUUUUGUAAACGGUCUUUAUGGUGCAAUCCCUACUGUUGAAUCACUGAAGUGUUCGGCUCUUUAUUUUAUUUCCAGUCACCUUCUCAAAUAAAUUGUCAAAAUAACAAAUUAUUGUUAAAAGUUAUUAAUUAAUUUACUGCUGUUUAACUUUAUUCAUUUAUAUCAAACCUUGUUAUCAAUUAAAAAUGUAAAUUUAAAAUACUUUAUCCAUGCAAGGGAUGUUCGUAAAGUAGGUUUUAUAAUAAAACCAGCACAGAUACGGUAAAAUAAGCAAAAACUACCAUUCGCACGUGAUUCUCCAGACAUUUGUCAUAGAGUGGUACAAGUUUUCCCUAAACGCUUCGAAUAAUCUUGACACUUAUGCAAUGGACCACGGUGUUUUCGCUGUUACAUAUCUAACCAACAGGGAAUGGAUUCAGAUGCCGAUACAUAUGAAAGUGAGUAGGAGCAUAGUCGAUUUGUCGAUAAAUUUCACUUGGUUUAGAUUCAAACAUACGUUGUAAAGUACACACAACCAACAGCGAGAUUGAAAUGGCGUCAAGUUGUUUUUUGUGAUGACAGAACUUACUUUACAAAUAUACCUUUCUAAUUUCAUUUUUAUGACAUUUAGUUAAUUAAGAGAUAUAUUUGUGCAAAUUGAACAUUAAUGUUUUGUGUUUCAGUAUAAAGCUAUCCUAUUUCAGAAACUUUUGGGUUUAUUGACAGUUUUAUAAUGCUUUUUUCAUUUCACUGGCAUUAGUGGCCUAUAAUUUCGAUGGUGAUCAAAAUUUAAACGAUAAAACUGGACAAUAAAAGCCUACUUGUUAAGUACCAGUGACAAAGAUCUUUUAAACUUGCUUAGGGUCGGUAUUAUAAAAGUUUUGUUCGACCAGACGUUAUUCAACCGCACGUCGAAACUUCACGAAUGGUUAACAUCGAUUCGGUAUUUUAACGCAUUUGCAACCAUCCGUUGGCCAACCGGAGCUUUGUGCUGAAAAAUUUGAGUUGGCUGCACUUAGAGUUCAAUUGUAACCAUCAAAUCCGAGUGAACUGAAUUUUGCAGGGGAGGGUGUGUCAGUCAAAGGUGGAAGUAUAAUUUUGUUUGAAAUUUCCACGUGUAGUUUCAAUAUUAUAUAAAUUUGAAAAGAUUAAUUGCAAAGGAAAAAGAGUAAACAGAAUAUCAGAUGAAUUAUCAUUACUAUUAUCUUUCCAAAUAAUAUAUAAGUAAAGCAAAGUAAACAAAAAUUGAGAUUAGAAAGUACCUUUCAACUCUCGGUUGACACUUCAAACUGAACCUUCGUUACGGUUGAAACAACUGACAGUCAACUACCCCUUUGACCCCUGGCUAACGUUUAUAAUACGUAAAUUCGGCUUCAACAAACAAUUGAAUCUCAACUUAUGGUCAACCGGACUUUAUAAUACCGAUCCUUAAUCAAAUUUGAAGCUUGCAUUUCAACUCUGUAAAAAUUUGCAUAUUAAUUAUGAGAAGUUUAUCGUAUUACAUGAGGCAUACAUUUUCAGAAAAUUUGGGAUUGAAAAUAUUUUGUGUAACAUAGGAAUAUCAAUUUAAAAUCUUUAACGCAGUUAGUGCAAGUUUCGUCACGAUACAUAACGAAGUGUGUCUAAAAGAUUUGCUGAAUGGUAAUAGAAAAGAAACAAAAUAAACAAUUAGAUUUAUUGGCCUUCAAAGUAAUCGGCAUUGUUCACAUCACACUUUUGGGAUACGCCCGUAAAACGUACCCCUAUUAAAACUUUCGGGCGAGCAAAGUCUACAAGAUGCCAGGUCAGGGGAGUACGGUGGAAAAUCGGGAACAGUUCCGCCACGUUGAACCAAGAAAUUACGCACGCGGAUUACAGCCAGUUUAGCAAGACCCACAAGCCCACCCUGCUCAACUAUAGCCGAAUAUGACUGAUGCUUCGUAGCGACCGUUAAAAAAUAUCCUCGUAGGAUAUGGCGUUCAUGGUUUGACUUACAACAAAUUUUUAGACGCACCUCGUAUAAUAAACCUCACUGUUCCACUGGAUUACAAUUAUUCCUAUUUUGCUGUUGUUUAGUUAUUAGCAUUUAAAUGGAACAGUAUGGAAACAAGUUCAGGAAAGACUAAGGUCGAAUCCACACAAAUAACAAUGUUCUGAAUGUGAAAGUAUCACUCAAAUGAGUUAAAUUUCAAAAAAUGGUAAUUACUUGUGCCAUAUUUGUUUGAAAUUAUAAUAGACUCUAGAAUAAUUCCAUUUUGUUCUAAAUAACCUCAAAGAAAUAGACCAAGAAAUAAUUCUAUCAUUAAAAUUAUAUUUCAAAUUAUUUUUCAACCUUAUUUUAUUAUGAACUGAUUCGCAGUCUUCCUUAAAUAUUAGAUUAAUCUGUCAAUCGUUUUUUUUAAACAAUUUCGUUUUGAUUUUGAAUUAUAAUUUCACAAAACUCAAUCCUUUUGAAAUUGUUCUCAGAUUAGUUCCUGGGUUGUUGGAAUUUUAAAGUAACGGUCACCAGUUUUUCAUCUUUGGUAUAAUAUCUUAGUAUAUGGUGUAGUUACAACAAAAUACAAAUCAUCACAGAUACACUCCCAUUACACAAAUGUGGAGUUGGGCUCCAGUGGAAUUCAUAGUAAAUUUCUCUUGAAACACAUUGUAAUUAAUUUGGUAAAAUAUUUUAUAUUGAUAUUCCCAUAUUUUCCAAUGCUUUAUAGUUAAAUACGUUAAAUAGUUGAAUAUGAAGGUAAACUUUUACCAAUUAUACCAGUAAUUCGCAAAACUUUAUCAUUUGAUGACUAGAGAAUUUUUUGAACACAUUUAUUUGAAUAUGUUCCAUAUUGUUAUUUUUUUUGUUAUGUUUGCAUAUCGUUUAUAAAAUGUAGAAAAACAUUCUAAAUAAAGAAUUUUGUUUAUGAAACGGAAAACUACAUGCAAAUUCAAAAAUCAAAUCUUUAUUUUACUUCCAAUAGUAUAAAAAAAAUAUAUAUUUUUAUAAGACUAAAAUAUUCCACACAUUCAAUACCAGUUGGAAUAUUUAUUGUUACAACCCAAUCCACAUCACAAAACCAAAUUUCUUAUAAUUACAUAAGCAGUAAACAUUUAUUCCCAUAUAUGAAUGCCUAGUUAUAAAGGGUGUUCAGAAAGUCUUCUGCCAAACGCAAACUACAUCUUUGAAAUUGACGCUGUUUUGUCAGUUUUUAAGCAUAAAUAAAAAAAAUUAUAUAUAGUUUAAGCUUGCAGUGAUAAUUAGUAAUACAAUCCCGCGUUUUUAUACUCGUCAGAAGCAUUAAACGUAAUAGGGACAACGGAUAAAUUUUGUUUCAUCAAUUUUUUUACAAAUUUUACAGUAAAUUGAUGAACGGUUCCAUGUUUCCCCAGAACUUCUUCAUACUCUUCAUGCCUAAGAAUAGUGUCUUUUAUUUUUAAAUCUUUCUCAAUGAUUCCAAGUAUAUAUAGAAAAUAAAGCAUAAAGGGUAAACAACAUCCAGAGGAUCAUGGGUAGUUGAGUAACGAAAUUAGGCCGAUUUGGAUUUGGCGGAUUUUGGAACUAAAAAUGUCGUAACUGCCUUUCGGCGGAUAUUGCAACUAACCUCAACUCUGACCUCAAAAUACACUAGGAUGUGGCGGGAUUUGCUACAAAAUAACAGUUGUACUGAACUCAGCAUGGAAAACUCUAUAAGAAACAAUAUCAAACUAAACUUCGCAAAAAAAUGGACUUUUUAGUAUUGGAUUUUAGGCACCUCAAAUAUAAAGCAGAAGCUUGAUAGUAAACAAUUAUAUUACUACAGUCUUAUACAAUGUAAAGUUUGUAUCUAUCUGUUAUUAUACCUCACAGAGUCAUCCUCAAAGGGUACUAGUAUUCCCUUUUUGAAAUGGACAUAAAAUCACUUCUAAUAGUUAACGUUUAGCAAUAGAGUUUCUGAACAACUUGUCUAGAUUUAUUCUCGAGCAUUAGAGAUAAAAAUAUUUAAAACAUUUAGUGAGAACUACCUACAGGCUGAUCUUAGAUUUAUAAAUGCUACACAAAAUUCACAUUUGAGUAAUUUUGUCUGUGAUUACAUCUAUUAUAACGACUGCUGAAUAUUUUUUUUUGUUUGUUUAUAAACUGACAAGAGUUAUUCUGAUAUGUUUACUUUAAACAAAACUUUUUCUAAUAUGUUUUUAUUGAUCCGACAAAGUUUUCACAAAUGCAGCAUAUGGGAAUUUAACGAAAAUUUUCCAGUAUUUCUAGAUAUAAGAAAGAUAAUUUAGAACAGAGAAAAUGAUAGGAUUGUAAUUAUUUUAAAAUCAUAUAUAUGUGGAUCGGUACAGAAAACAUUUACUAUUUUUAAAUAUUUAUCAUAAAAAGUGGUAAAUAGUACCUUUUUCAUAAUGGAGGACAUUAAGUAUUUCGAAUAAUAUUUUCAUUUCAUUAUUGCAUUGCAAAGCUACGACUCAAGUACUAAUGUAAUACAAUAAAAUUUCAAACCAACACGUUCCUCUGAUACUAAUUUGUUUUCAGUUUUUAUGCCUAGAGUUGUUUAUAUUGAAUGUAUAUAGAUAGCGUUAGUUUUAUGAAAUGCAUUUUUAUAUUGUAUAAAUUUCAAUAAACAACGUUUCUAAUGUUGGAUAAUUAUAUAUAAAUAUAUUUGUACAUGUAUAUAUAAAAAGUUUUUCAGUGGAAAUAAUGAAAAUCAUCUAAUAGUAACUUGCUCUCAACAAUAUUUCCAACAAAUGAUAUUUAUAGUUAAUAAAUUAUAAAAAUUAUAAUUCAAUAGAUUAUGUGGUCAUAUACUUGCAAUAAUUGUCGAUCUUUUCUUAAUUCUACACAAUAGGCGUGAAACUACUCGAAUUCAAAAUAAUAGGAUUGCUUCGAAUCAUUCCCAUAUAAAAAUUAAACCAAUAGCACUAGUUUACAUGGUUUUUAUACCCUUGCAGAUAGUUAGUAUUGUUUAUUCAAAUGAAAGUUAGCCAGAAACAAUAAUAAAAAUGUCCUAUCACGUCUUGUUUCAGAAUGAAUAUGAAGUGUAAAUGUAAGGAGAAACAUUUCAAUCUAUCCAAAUUUUCUUAAUAAUUAAAAAUUUACGUCUAUAAUUGAUCCCCUGGGUUGUUCGAUAUAUUCGAAGAAACUAAAACAGUUUCAAGAUUCAGAGACAUUUGAUUGGAUAUUAAGGAUGAAUAUGGUCUUUUAUUGACUUUUAUAAAUAAUUUUCUACUGAUAAAGACAGCAUAAUACUUUUCAGUUAAAUAACCAAAAGUUUUACUAGUUUACACCUUUUGAAUAUCCCCUAACAUGUUUAUAAAUGUGUCAACCUACUUUUCUUGAAUUUAAAAGUGUAAGUAGAAAUACUCCAUUACGUUAUAUGUUUUUCUUCAACGAAAUAUUUUUUUCAACUACCCUAUAUGGUGACUUGAGUUUAAUAUUCGUCAAUUCUUACUCAACGUUCAAGUAGAAAGUGCAAAUAAAUCGUUUUUGUUAUAUUUUUGAAUAAUUUAUAUUUUCAAAGAAAAGACCUAUUGUAGAUUCUUUAAAAAAUGCAUAUUUUCAUUAUUUUGGAUAUUUUAUUGCAAAGAUAAAAAGUGGAUACCCAUGUGCUUGUGAAAUCCAUUUGUUUCACUAAUGUUAUGAAGAGAACUUAGCAAUCAUGAAAAUGACUAUUACAUUUGUAUGAUGAAAACUGUAAGAUAAAAUACAAAAAAUAAGUCAAGUAUUCUCUGUUAUUAAGUCAAUUUUUCAUCUAAAAGAUCUUCCAAAACCAAUAUGUACUGAUAAUUCCAGUCAGAAUAUAUUAGAAGAUGACAUUGAGAAGUGAUUUUGAAGAUCAAUUCAAUUCAUUGUUAAAGAGUUUUUGAGAAAUAAAAAAAAUGAAAAUUAUAAAGAUGUUGUAUUAAAGAUUGGCUGGCUGACUUAUUGAAAAUUUGAAUUAUUUUCCUGAUUACUUCCUAUGUAUGUAAAUAUGAUUGAUAAACAUGUGGAUUGAUUUCAUCAAGAUUUAAAGAUUUUUUCAUCAGGGAUUGUGGGACGAAAAUAUGUUAGGGGAUUACUAUUGGUAUACAAUAAAAGAAAUUGGUCCAAAACAGCAAAUUAUUGUUCAAAUUCUCACCAAAGUAGCGCUAGUGUAGUCAAUGGAAAUUAUAUAAAUUUAGCAAAAAAUUAAUAUUUUAUUAACUAGUGUAGUUGAGAGUGCUAUGAUGAUUUAAUAAUACUGACAAAAUAUUUUACUAAAUGAUAUUUGAAUCCAAAUGAUAAACUUUCGAUUCGAUCAAUCAAUAAUUUUAAAAAACUUACAUAAAACUGUAAUUACAUACCAAAUAUCUUAUAGCUAGGUUUUAUUAUCAGCAGAUAGUCCGGUGAUGUUUAUUUUUCAAUAUCAGAAGAUGUACUAUAAAAGGAUAUUAAUUUUUUUUUCCUACAGAGAACUGUACUCUUUCAAAGGCAAGAGAAUUAAUGCCACUUCAUGUUAAAUGAUGUCUUCUAAUGUCUAUUGAGGUCGAGUCACAUCAACUCAUUAAUAUUUCAGUGAAUUGACACACAGGUUUUGAUUAUAGAAAAAUCAUGCUGGCUCUAAAAACUGUGGACAUCAAUAUUAACAAUAUCUUCAGUAUUGUCAUUUCUUCAUCAGUAUAUGUUUUCUUAUUUACUCACAUAACUCGAUAUCUUAUCUAUUCCAUAAUAAAUAAAUGCAUAUUCAUAAUUAAUAAAUGGAUAAUAUUUGUUCAGUUACUUUACGUAAUAGGAACUCAAUUCACAGUUUCGAUUGUUUCCACAUAUUUUCACUUUGUUCUGUAUAUUAUUUCUACAUGUAUAUCGUAGAAAACAAAAAUAAUUGAUUGCUAAGUAGGUGAAGCCUACAGAUGUCUUUGGUUCGAGUUUCUAAUUUUCCGAAUAUUUACUAUGAAUCAUGUAGUUUGACUAAAAUAAUGGACAUAUUUUUCGUAUAAAGGAUAAAAAAAAUUUCCAAAUAAUUAUAUUUCAAUAUUUGUGUAAAGGGAUUCUUUAUUUGUUGCGGUAUAUGGAAUUAUAUUUUCAAUUUUUUUGCAGAGCGAGUACUGAUUAUAUAAUUACAUUAUUUCUUACUGACCUGUACCUAUUUCUAUAAUUUUUUUAUACAGCAUUUCUGCAAACAUUUAUCAUGCUUUUUAACAAGGAUUAAUACAGUUUUUUUCACAAACUUAAAGUACUAGUUGCAUAUUAUCGUUAAUGCACUUCACAUGUUUUUAAAACUUUUUAACAAAUCUGUAAUUUGAGAUAAUUCUAAAUAGUUUGUUAAAAAAUUAGUUCAACUACUACAACUUAUGGUUAUGCUGGCAAAAUAAACUACGAGUUUCAAAUAUAUUUUUCUAAAUUAGUAGUAAAUUCGAAGGAUUGGUGAUAUCAUAUUGAUUGGGUUUUGGCUUACUUUUUCUGUUUAUAAAUGUUUCCAAAUUCCAAUUUAAUAAAGUUAUUGAACCUAUAAACCUGAAUCAAAAGCGGCAGUAGAAAUAUGAUCAAUUUUCUUCGUAAUCGGAAGACGAAUUGAACAUAUUGUAGUAAUUUGUUUCAAGCAUGACUAUUGUGGAACAAGCAAGACAAUAGCAACAAAUCACAUUAAUAUAUUCAAUAUUUUAAUAUAAAACAAUGCUUUUCAAUAAUAUUAUUUAUAUAUAAAUAAUAUUAAAUAUUACAGCUAAAAUCGUUUUCAUUCAGUGACAUAUUUCAUGAUCUUGAUCAUAAUGUUUUUCUCUGAGGAAAUUAAUCGAGACUAUAAUAUCUUAAUUAUUUGAGUAAUUAAUUGAUUUCACUUAUUUUUGAAAUGAUAGUUAUUUUGAUUAGAUUUUGUUAAGAGUCCAAUUCUAUAAUAAAAUUAUUGUCCUCGGACAAUUCAAUUAUAUAAUGAUAUUUGAUAAUAUUGAUAAUUGAUUAUUUUUCUGCCAAAUGCACUAAUACGAUAAAUUAUAUGUAAAUAAUAAAAAGAAAAUGCAUAAUGAUACUCUUCAAAUUAAAACGUUUUCGAUUGUGUGAAUUACAGUAGAACUUCAUUAUGUGGUUCGUAUUUGCAAAAUAAUACAAACGUUUACGUUUGAAUUUUAGGUCCUACUAGCAAAUCUGGAUUGCCAUUGAAGUUCUACGGUAAAAUAUGGUUCAUUACACGUCUAGAAAUGGAUUUUUCCGUGCUUGCAUAACUUCUCGUGUGAAGCGUGCUCGGCAAAAUCCUUAUUUCCAGAUCUCUAAUGAAAUAUACUAUUUUGUUCAUAUUACAUAACUCUGAGAACUGCCAUAAAUUUGCAUUUUUCCCAUAAAAUGGUCGGUUUUUUUUAAUGCAAAGAUGGUAUAACUUUUAUUUCGAUUUAUAUGACCAGAUUUCAAUAACAAAAAUUUUGUUAAUCCCAACAAGACAUUACAUAUUUGCUAUUUUAUCUUUGUUUAUGCAACUAAUUAUAAUUUCAUAUGUUAUUAUUAGAUAUUUUGAAAUUAGUAACGCUUGUAAAGCUGUGAUAAAGUCCUUAUCUACAUUUUAGUAUGAUAUUGACUUCGUUCAGAUGGAAGUACUAUCAUAUUGUUUUUGUUUUAUUGUUUUUAGAAAUUGAGAAUAUAGAUUAUAGGUAGUCUCCAGCUAUUGUAGUAAGAGACCUUGUCACUGUACAAAGGUAGAUUAUAUUAACAUCAUGUUGUUUAAAAAAAUGAAUAAAAUGUUCAAAAUUA